UUAUUAGGUUUUUAUUUGAUAGUUAGUGAUUUUCUGUUUCGUCUGAAAUUUUUUUGCAUUCUGAUUGAGGUUCUGGGAGUUUGGUUACAGGAAUAGUAACUAAAAGAAUGUUCUAUUUGGAUUGGGGAAAAAUUACUGUAUAGUUAGUGAAUGAUGAGAUUCAUAUUGAUUCAGCCAUUUGUUAUCUACAUUAUUGUAAAACUACGAGAAAGUUUUGAGGAUGUGGAUUCUGUUUUACUUCGUUUUUUUUUUACUUUUGCAUUAUGUAGCAGUAUGAAUUGCUUGGGAUGAUUUUAGGUUUAUUUUGUCACUGCCAUUCUUCUUACCUGGGGCGCUGCAGCCUUAGAUUUAGUUAAGCUGAUGAAACUUUAAAUGCGUAAAUUUCUUUUUAAUAUUUGGUAUAUGCAUGCUAUUUGAUGUUGGUUAUUCAACUAACACUCAUCUGCUGUUGUUUUUCUGCUUAAGGCUCACCAUGCAUUUUAAUAGCCUGUUUACAUCGAACACUCUUCUUCAUCAUUUGGAGAUUUAUAAGUAGUUAUGUGGUUUAGGCGGUUUCCUUUAUCUUAUGCAGGAACAGAGUUAUUUUCUGGUUCUAUUCUCAUUUUAUUUAGCUUUAAUUUAUCUUCUUAUUUAUGGCAAUGCCAUGUUCACGUCCUUUUUCUUGACUGCCUUUUUUCCUGAUUCUUAUGGGGCUUCGGAAGGUUUACUAUGGAAUACGGUAAGAGUAACAGAUUUCCUAAACCUGAUUCUGAUUUCAUGGGGGCAAUCUUCGUGUGCAAUAAUCUUACAAAGAAGGAAAGCUUUAAGAGGAAACUGUUUGGACUCCCUUCUGUGCAUUCAGACCUUGUGAAGCAAAUCAAAACAGGCAUGAUACUGUUUCUAUUUGAGCCUGAUGAGAGAAAACUUCAUGGAAUUUUCCAGGCUACUUCUGAUGGUGCCAUGAAUAUCGUGCCUAGAGCAUUUUCCAUUUCAAAUAAGCGUUUCCCUGCUCAGGUUCGUUUUGAAAGGCUUUGUGCUUGUAAACCACUCUCUGAAAAUGAGUUCAGGGAAGCCAUCGAAGAAAAUUAUUUCACGGCCAUUAAAUUUUCUUUUGCAUUGUUAGGUCCGCAGGUUUGUAGGUUGAUCUGGUUGUUCUCUUCGAGAAGCUACUUGCUAUAUGAUCAGCUUCCAAAAGGGUUACAGAGUGAAUUCAUGAAAAUAUUUGAGAAUUCUAGUUUGGCUAGGACCAAGGUGAUUGGAAAUGAAAAUUUACCGAAAUUUGAUGCAGCUGGAUAUAGCAUGGACAACAACAUUCAGUCUACCAGAAAUUCCUUUCUACUUGGACCAAGCAAAAAUCAUUUGAAAAAGUAUAAUAAUCAUGAACAAAAUGACAUUACUUUACAAAACUAUGAACUUCGAGGGCAGCCGGAAUUCUACCCUACUUUCUAUCACUCUGCCAAGUUGCAACAACAAAAUCAAAUGCUUUCCACAUCCCGUUAUGAUCUUUCCAGGGAUGUCAUUCCUGUUAUCCCUUCUACUCGUCGUAGCUAUAGUUCUUCAAGGUUUCUUUGUAAACCGCCGCCUCCAGUUGCUUUAGGCUCGGAUUUACUUGAACAAAAGCUUACUUUCUCCAAAGGGAGUUCCUUAGAUGCCCAAACACCUCACAUAAGAAACCAAUCAUAUACUUCUGUGUCUCAAAUAGAAAUAAAAAACCAUCCUUUGAGUAACAACUCUGGCAUUGCUUUGUCAAAAUCCUCGUGUCUCUCUGAUACCUCUCAACUUUUACAUGCCCCUGAAGGCAAUGUUACUUUCCAUGAUAGCUAUAGUCUUUCCAACAAUAAAUUUUUGUGCUCAUCACAAGACAUGGAAUAUGACUCUUGGAAUAUACAAGAUUGGUCUUCAGGUCCCGACUAUAUUCCUAAUUCAAAAGGCGAAACUUCGGUUAACGGUUACAUUCCUGUGCUUGAAGUUGACUUUGCUUAUGCCAAGGAAGCCUAUGAUCUCCCUUCUAGGAAAGAGAAUCCGCCAUUAACAUCACAGUAUGAUUAUCAUUCUGGUUUUACUAGUGAUAUUAACAAUACAAGCAAUUGCAGCUUUGACUUUUCCUACAAUGACAAAAAGAGUGCAUCCUAUUUGAAUUCGUUUCCAAAAUCAAAUUCCUUUCAGAAGAGGUGUAAUGUAUUCCAGCGUCUGUCUCGACCACCAAAAAUAAAUAAAGAAAAAAUAAAGAAAUAUCCUUAUGCACUUGAUCGCAUGGAGGCAUUUUCUCAUCAGAGAAGUCAAGGGAUUAAGGUGUGUGGAAAGCUUGGAAACCUAGCAAGUCUUGAGAGUGAUGCACCAUUGGAUAAUAUAGCUGAGUUGAGAUCAUUUGAAAAGGAUUCUCUUGUUGAAAUAAAACCCCAAGUUCAGGUGCUUGAUGACGGCAAUGGCUUUUCAAUUCCGAAUUUCAAGCGCAGAAGUGCUGUGAAACAGCCAACUACUGGAGCAAGUGAUUUUACUCCUCCAGUAGAUAAAUGCAAGAAAAGGAAGCUAAUAAGACCAUCUUUCAGCGAAGAGGAUAAUUCCUUCCCAGUCAGGGAGGACUGCCAGAAUCUCAAUUUACCGCAUACUGUGCAUAAAGGGCUUGAUGACCAUAAUAUUUUAUGUACCGUAUCCCAUCCUGGCACAACUGAAGAACUUCCUAUCUCCAAGGAGUCGAAUGCGCCCACUGAAGGUGUUGGAAGUGUUGGACAUUUGGGGCCUCUCUCAACCAUUCUUGAAGAUAACGCAGGCUUAUCAAACACUGAUUCUUUGACUGUAAAUAUCCAUUGCAGUCAACAGAUAUUAGAUUCUGAGUCUAAGAAAAUUAAUAGCUAUUGUCUUAUGGGUGAUGAAAACGUUGAUGGAAAUCCAAAGGAAAAUUCGCAGCCAUUGACGAUGGACUUUAUACCAUUAUCAGUUGAAGAAGAACACAAAGCCAUUAAUACUGCAAAGAAUUGUAUGGAUUCAGAUAUGAAACAUGUAGUUGUAAAGAUGGACGCUCCGGAUUUUCCACUAGGAAUUAGAUGCAAAACUACGUCACCUGAUUUAGUGUGUGAAGACAAUAAGAUAACAUCUGAUGGAUUUGGAUUUGCCUAACAUUAUUUUGCUUCUCAAGAAAGGCGAGUUAUAAUGGGAUUUUGUGGCUGUUGUAUAGGGCCUUGGCCACCAUAUCUGAAGCAGCCAAAGAUAAAGCCUCUUCUGAAGAUUCUUAUACUUGCAGCAAUAUCAAGCUUUUUGAGGUUUUCAUGCUUCUUGAAAUUGAAAACCUGGUUUGUUUGAAUGUUAUCCUCUCAGAAAAUCGAAAUAACUCUUAACCUUAGACCAACAUCUUUUGAAUGGCGCACACUGAACGCAUGUACUAACUUUCUUGCUAGUUUUUCUUGGCCCGGCAAAUUAAGACUUUGUUUGGGAUGACUUUCUUACUGUUUUAUGAAUCAACUUUUUAGUUAAAAAUUAAAACUUUUGUACUAGAAAGCAUCUUUAAGAAGUAGUAAGAAAGCCGCCCCAAGCUAAGCCUAAGUUGAACGGUUCUUACUUUUUAUCUUUUUGAGGUAUUAUCAGGAGAUGGGAACUUGGGAGAGUUUUGUUUCGGUUGAACCUUAAGUUGUUUCAAUAUAAAAAAUAGAUUACGCUGUGUA